CAAAAGUUUCUGAGGCUUCGUUGAAAUUUCCGGGACUGUCGAAGGAGAAUCGGUUCUGGAGAUGGCAACGUUCUCUUUCCUUCGCAACAGAUACUGGAUUCUGAGACAUGGUAAAAGCAUUCCUAACGAAAGGGGCCUCAUCGUUGCUUCUAUGGAAAAUGGCAUACUUCCAGAAUUUCAGUUAGCGUCUGAAGGAGUUACUCAAGCACAAUUGGCAGGAGAAUCAUUCCAGAAGAAACUGAAGGAAAAUAAGAUACCGCUUGAAAAUGUUAGGAUUUGCUACUCUCCAUUUUCAAGAACAAGGCAUACGGCUGAGGUUGUUGCUUCGGUAUUGAAUCUUCCAUUUGAAGAUCCUCAGUGUAAGGUGGUGGAAGAACUCCGAGAACGGUUCUUUGGUCCGUCUUUUGAACUUCAGUCACAUGAUAAAUAUCCAGAGAUAUGGGAUCUUGAUGCGAAGGAUCCAUUCAUACAGCCAGAAGGUGGAGAAAGUGUUGCAGAUGUUGUUUCCAGACUUGCAACUGCUAUGGCAACCAUAGAGGCAGAGUUUCAUGGAUGCACUGUUUUGAUUGUCAGUCAUGGUGACCCUCUUCAAAUCCUACAAACAAUUCUCCAUUCAGCUAAUCAGCAGGCUGGAUCUACUGGUGGAGACAUUAUGUCAAGAUUACAAGCAGUUAGAAUUCCUUCUGUAAUGUCACAACAUCGGAAGUUUGCAUUAUCUACUGGAGAGCUCCGGCCAAUAUCGUAAUCAUUAGUUUGUCGAUUGAAAA